GGUUGAGCCGGUGAAGAGGCGUCGUUUGAAUUUCAGUUGGAGGCUGUUUUGUGUGUUUACUGUUCAGCGGAACUGAGCCAGUCCGGUUUCCAGUAUUUUAUAAAACAUAUUGAAUACGAGAAUAUCGUUCAACUCCAAAGUCAGACGUUGGCUGAAGUGCCUUUCCUCUUGUGGUCCUGAUCUGUGUGUUGGAGGCGAUGCGUCAUGAUUCAUCAGCCAGCCGCCGGAAGGGGAAAACCCCUCAACGUCGCCCCCCGCAGCCAGCCCCAGAGACCCGGUCCCCAAGACGGAGCAGAGUUUCAAGGCAGCUUCCUGCGUCUCCCAAGAAGAGGAGGUUUCGACCAGGAACCAAGGCCUUAAUGGAGAUCCGCAAGUUCCAGAAGAGCACUGAUCUUUUGCUCAGGAAAGGACCCUUCUCUCGCCUGGUUCGUGAGGUAUGCCAGAGUUUUUCCAGAGAGGCUCUCCGGUGGCAGGUCUACGCACUUCUGGCCCUGCAGGAGGCUGCAGAGGCGUUUCUCGUCAUGCUAUUCUCAGACGCAAAUCUGUGUGCCAUCCACGCCAAGCGGGUCACCGUGUUCCCCCGUGAUAUUCAGCUGGCCAGGAGGAUCCGCGGCGUUGAUAACCUGUGACAGCAACACAGAACAGGGUGGGCGAGCGAAUACAAGCAACAGGAAUGACUGACAUUAUUCCGCUGUAGUUUGUUCUGGCACUCUGAUACUGCCUUUAAUCAGUUCAAAUGGCUUUAUACCUAGUUUUAAUGUUUUCUGAAGAUGAAGCUGUAUUUUAAUACAUUUUUAAAUAAUUUUAUAUGUUGUGGUAAUGUGAUCACUGCUCUGUGCUCUUUGAUAUAUAUCUGAUGUGUACAUAUUGUUCCCCAUUCAAGUAACCUUAUUUUGUUAAUAAACAGUAAUUUUUUUCUAUUAUG